CACCCACGCGCUUCUGUCGCUGCAGCUCCUCCCGCGUGCGUGCGCUCGCUCGAGACGAAGGGGGCUCGCUCGCGCAGCUCGCCUAGCUUCAACGUCCCGCGCGAAACCGACUCACCAGAGCGCACGAGACGACAAGCGGCGAUCGCAUCACGCACCGGGGCGUGAAGUUUAAAGACUCAGAAGGUGGGAAACAAAAAGAAAGAAAGAAAGAAAAGCGGAAGUAAUCGUCGGUUUGUAGAAGGGCGACGGAACGUGUAGACGUGUGGAAAGGCGCGAGCGCACGGUGAGAGAUAGAUAGAGAUAGAGAGAGAGAGGGGGGUGUAUAUUUUUUCGCCUGGAGGAACAUGUAGAGUGCUGGAUCGUGGAAUGUGGAGGUAGAUACCAAACACAAACACAGAGGCACAGGAGGGACACGCGUGUGAGUUUCCUGCUUACUGUUUUUCUGGUGCGUUUGGAGCUGAUGUGGGUGUGAUUGAUCACCGGCUGCCCGUCAACGACGGGUUUCUCCAUCAAGCCCCUGACCCACACACACACACACACACACACACACACACACACUGACACCAUGACAGACAUGAACUUCACCUCGAUUCUGUAUCCGAGUGAGAACCAAGCGCUGAAUCACACACCUGGCUGCUCGCUGACCAAAACCGCCUUUCAGUUCUACUACCUGCCCACGGUCUACAUCAUCGUCUUCAUCACCGGCCUCAUCGGGAACAGCCUGGCCAUCUGGAUGUUCGUGUGCCACAUGCGACCGUGGAGCAGCAUUUCGGUUUACAUGUUCAACCUGGCGCUGGCUGACUUCUGCUACGUGCUCUCGCUUCCCUUCCUCAUAUUCUACUACUUCAACAAAACCGACUGGAUCUUCGGCGACGUCCUGUGCCGCCUGCAGCGCUUCAUCUUCCACGUCAACCUCUACGGGAGCAUCCUGUUUCUCAUGUGCAUCAGCGUGCACCGCUACUCCGGCGUCGUCCACCCGCUCAAGUCGCUCGGAAGGCUGAAGAAGAAAAGCGCCGUGCGCACCAGCGCCUUGGUUUGGUUCAUCGUGAUAGCCGGGAUCUCGCCGAUCCUUUACUACUCGCGUACGGGACCUAAACGGAACGUCACGACGUGCUACGACACGACCACCGAGGACGAGCUCCCGGGGUACUUCGUCUACAGCAUGUGCAUGACCGUGUUCGGGUUCUGCGUACCCUUCGUGGUCAUCCUCGGCUGCUACGGCUUCAUCGUCAAAGCGCUCAUUUACAACGACAUGGACAAUGCGCCGCUCAGGAAGAAGUCCAUCCAUCUGGUCAUCAUCGUGCUCGCCGUCUUCGCUGUGUCCUACCUGCCCUUCCACGUCAUGAAGAACCUCAACAUGAGGGCCCGGCUUUACUUCCAGAGCCCUGAGAUGUGCGAGUUUAACAACAGGGUCUACGCUACCUACCAGGUCACCCGGGGUUUGGCCAGCCUCAACAGCUGCGUGGAUCCCAUUCUCUACUUUUUAGCCGGGGACACGUUUCGACGACGGCUCUCCAGAGCCACUAAGAAAAAUUCCAGGAAGGGAGACGUCGUGCUUCAAUCCAAGAGCGAGGAAACGGCCCUCAACAGCCUGCCGGAGUACGCCGAGAACGGAAGCAGGUCGCUCUGAGGAUUCGGGGAAUGAAUUCCAGAACUUUUUCACGAUGCACUGACUUGGACUCAUUUUCUAAGAAAUGCACUGAUCAUAUCAUGCCACGAUAUGAUGUUAAUCUGAGACUGCGAACGCAUAAAUGUUAAAUAUCAAGCCCUGAGCCAGUGACUGGACAUUCCUUAUGUGUUGUAACGUGUACUGUAUAUAAUAGUCAGUAAUUACUCUCCAUGUGAAUACACCUUCAUUGUACUGUAUUGUACUUGUCAGUAUUACAUGAGCUGCAACAUUGCAGGAUACAGCGACAGCUUCACUUCACAAAAAAAAAAAACGUCCAGUUAAUGCUAAAUAACAAAUCCACAGGUCGGACGAGAAUAGGGAUCGGCGCUCGGUAUUAUCCGAGUGUAACGCCAUUAAAAGAAGUAACACGAUCCGAGACCUGAAUAUCUCGUCUGAAUCUUAAAUAAGCCUGGAGAAGACUAUCGUCCACGCUGAGCUCGUUUAAAAAGUCCGGGACGUGAUAAAUCGAGGAUUCGCUACACGUUGCGAUUUUUUUCCCUUCCUGCUGUCUCCUGUGGAUGCUCUGUUCUGUCUCGGUGAUAAAUAAGGCUGCGUUGUAGUUCUUGAACCGUGUUUUAAACUCCGCCGUCAGCCCUGGGUGAGGUCUCGUGCACGUGUGCGGUGCUCUGUUACAGAAAAGUCGUCGUGCAUACGCUUUUAACCCUGUGACCCGUGAAGAAAGUUUCAGGAACACGCUCAGUACAGUACAGAACCUGCUGUAUGUUGAUAUGAAUAUGAAAACAACAAGACUCACCAUGUAGAGCUAGCACUGGUGUUUUAUUAUUAUUAUUAUUAUUAUUAUUUAUUUUGGCCGGGUUCCAGCAGACAUUAUCGUUGAUAAGAUCUUUACACACCUCACAUCUGUGAUAAAACUAUGCGACCAUGUGAUUUCCACAGAAUGUUCCACUACCAGCUACAAGGUUGGUCUUCCUGUAAGAACCUGGAAUUAAGCCGAACGUGACCUAAAUCUCGCUUUUAUCAACCAUCGAAUCGUUCCGUAUAGCAUGUCCACAAAGGGAACUUAUUCCAGAUGCUAUGAAUAUGCAAAUUGGAAGCGCCCCCAACCAGACCGAGAAGGGCACUUAUUCCAGAUGCUAUGAAUAUGCAAAUUGGAAACGCCCCCAAACCAGACCGAGAUCAGAAUCGAUUUAUUCACCAAAUGUCUAAGUGCACAGGAACUUGUUAGAUCAGUACAAGCUCUACAAAAAAAAGUCCAGGCCUACAAAAGCGCAUGAAUGAAAUACGGUACAGUAUAUGAAAAAACAAACAAACAAAAAUGAUAAACACAAAAACAUAAUACGAAGAUCACAUUCAACGCUGCCGAGUGAAGGGAAGCUCCGUUCUGCUCCGCUCAGUUGUCCUUCCCUAGCAAAUCAGUGUUACGAGUUUUAGAAACUGUCCUGUAAUUUGCAUGGCCCUCAUUUGCAUAUUAAGACCCGAUAGGCUGUUAUAUUUUAUGAUGUAAUAACAUUUGCCGUGAUGUAUUCAGUAGUAACUCCAGCAAGGUUGUUUGUUUGUUUGUUUGUUUGUUUGUUUUUUUCCCAGUAAAACUGCUGCUGCCACAACAUUUGCAUCAAAUCGACUCCAAAAGAAUGAUUAAAGUAUAAAAGUAUGUUUUAUAAAA